AUGUCGAAGCUAACUUCGUUGAACUUGUCUGGAAAUAAGAUCAACAACUUCGAGUUGAUGAAUCUGCCAGAGCUGAAAGAGUUACGACUACAUGGCAACGUCUUGAAUAUAAUCCAUCCGAUGGCCUUCAUGAACGUUCCCCAACUACAGUAUCUCUACAUGAGAGACAAUCUAAUUGGGAGUCUUGAUGGGAAUAGACUUCAGGCUUUUCGUAAUUUAGAAAUCCUGGAUGUGACCAACAACCUGCUGCAAAAGCUGCCUGAGCUGAAAGAUCUGACAAACUUGAAGCAAGUUCGACUCGAUGGGAAUCUCAUAGAGAAAGUGGAAACUUUGGCAUUUUCGAAUAAUCCAAAACUUCAGCUGAUUAGCUUGCAGGUUAGUCGUUUCUUUUCUUUGUCUUAUACUAUUUUUCUCAAAAAUUUCUCCACCUUGGGGCAAAGAAAAGUCUUCAAAAAGGAAGGAAGAGGCAAAAUAUUCAUUUUCUUUUACAUCUUGGCGGUUUUUUGAAA